CGGUGCAACGCUCUGCAGCAUCCCAGAUGGAGCUGCCAUUCCCAUCUCCCCAGCCUGGGCUCCUCUCCAGCCUCUCCUCCUCCUCCUCCUCCUCCACAGACAGGCGCACACGUCUCAUGACACCCAGAGACUCCUCUCCCCAUCCCUCCCCUUCCCAGCCUCUGCUGUCUGCUCAAUGCAAGACUCACUUAUCACACAGCAGGCAGCUCUCAGGCUGUGUGCCUCCUGUGCUGCAGAACACUCAGCCUGCUGGAUGCUGCAAGGAGGAGGCUGUGUCUGAUGCUGCCCUCUGCCCCAUCUCUGCCUGCGCAGCUCAAGGAGGGUGCAGCCCCUGGCUCAGUGUCUGGAUGGAGACCCAGCAAGGGCCUGAUGCUUCAGCCUGUGCAGAGCGGAGCAGGGAAGCGGCGCGCUCGGCUGUUUCUCCCCCUGGCGCCCCUGCAGAGGUGACUGUACAGGAACCACAACAUUCGCCGGUUGUAGAAGAAUCGGGAAUCCUGGCACCAAAUUCCGGCCUCCUGCAGGUCACAGAAAGAAGACAGCCUCUGAGCAGCGUCUCCUCUCUUGAAGUGCACUUUGAUCUCCUGGACCUGACAGAACUCACAGAUAUGUCAGAUCAGGAACUGGCCGAAGUGUUCGCCGACUCCGAUGACGAAAACCCGCACAACGAGCCGCUGCCACCAGGUCUACAUUUACCUCCCCUGCCCCGUGCCGGGUAUCUACGCUCUCCAUCCUGGACCCGAUCGCGAGCAGAGAGGGAGAAGAAGCAUCUCAGCGACUCGGAACUGCAAGGAGGCCUGCUGGACACGUACCUUGCUGUAGAGAGAUCCAAAGAGAAUUAAAAAAAUAAAAUAAGCCUUUACCCCCCCCCCCCCCCCAACUCAGACUGGUCGCUGCUGCCCUCUUAUCAUCCAUACCAAGGAAUGGACCACAGAAAGUGCCAAGACCAUAGAUUUCCAAACUGCAUUAUCACAGAGACCCUGGUAGAACCUUGCUAGGCAUAUAGACCGCACAGAGAAGAGGUCCGGGGUCCUACUCCGAAUACCUUCUUGUAGCACAAGAGUAGAGGAGCUGUAAGUAUCAGGAGAAGUGAAGGACCAGUAACUACAAUAGUAUAGGUCACAUUGUAAAAUGACCAGCUAUGUAAUCAGUUCAAUAUCCCGGCAUCAGAGAACCACAACCGAUGGACUGCCCUUCAACACAACCGAUGGACUGCCCUUCGUCACAACCGAUGGACUGCCCUUCGUCACAACCGAUGGACUGCCCUUCGACACAACCGAUGGACUGCCCUUCAACACAACUGAUGGACUGCCCUUCGACACCACAGAUGGACUGCCCUUCGACACAACCGAUGGACUGCCCUUCAACACAACCGAUGGACUGUCCUUCAACACAACCGAUGGACUGCCC